AUGGCCCAAGCUUGCGUGACCGUUUCCCUGGAGAAGUUCGCGAAGGACUCCGAAGUCUUUUCGACUGCAUCCCCGGAUAAUUCCGUGGAGACCGUAACGACAGCUCUGGAGGAAGACUACGAGGUCAAAAAAGUGUUGGGCCAGGGCAAAUUUGGACUGGUUCAAGAGGUCGUCAAAAAAGGCACCAAGCAUAGAUUUGCGGUGAAGGUCGUGGCAUCCAGCAAGCAGAGCGAAGACGAAAUACAGCUCCUGGCAUCCCUGCGCCACGGCAACAUCGUGUGUUUGCACGAUUCGCUGGAGCACGAUGAGAUGCUGUACAUUGUCAUGGAGCUCUGCCGCGGGGGGACCCUGUUCAGCUGGAUAGAAGACCGACACGAGGAGCACUUGAACAUGCAGGUGUACACGGCUCCACCGAAGCGUGUUCUUGCAAGCUGCUUGUGGCAGAUUCUCGAUGCCCUGAAAUACCUCCAUGGGAAGGGGUUCGUACAUCGUGAUGUCAAGCUGGAGAACCUUCUCUUGCUGAAUGCUGGCCUAUCUCCACAGCUGAAGCUUGCAGACUUCGGUAUGGCAACGGAGUUUCAGAAAGGAGAGCUGAUGACCCAGCGAUGCGGCUCCCCAGGCUACAUGGCGCCUGAAGUCGUUCGAGGUGGCUACACCGAGCUCUGCGACCUCUGGAGUGUGGGGGUGGUGUUCUACCAGAUGGCCACAGGCAAGCGGUUGUGGCCUCUCACCCAGACCCAUGAGCAGCACUACAGCCAAGUUCUGGCAGAGGCAGACGCCCUCACGCUGAAGUCCAAUGCUUACUGGAGUCGCCUCGGCCUUGGUGCUGUGGAAAUGGCGCAAGAGCUGUUGAGCUGGGAGUUCAGCCGGCCGACGGCCGCGUGUGCCAUCGAGAACGACUGGUUGCAAAAGCACAUGACCGGUGCCGCUGACGGGUGCUGUUCGUUCAGCUAA